AUCAGUGUCACACUCAAUGACAUGAGUUCGAGUAGGGACAUCAAAAAAGGAGGACAUUAACUUAACAAUUCCAUUUUAUCUGCUUUCUCUUUUUCACGUCGUCCUUCCACUACUCCUUGAGAAGACCCGUUAAUUUCCCCUGUAUCUACUGGAUCCAAAUUCUCUACCAUUUCUUCAGAUACUUCUAAAGUGCCCUGACCAACUGAUGAAGUUAUUGAUACAGUUUGAAAAAAGUUGUGACAACUGUCGGAAUUGGUGCUCUGCAUUUAACCCAUCCAAGUUCACACACACACCACGGUGAGAAGUGAACACGCCGUGAACACACACUUGCUCAAGACCACUACUGCCAUGGGUAUUGAGAGUGGAAGAGAGCACUGUUCAUUCACUCCCUCCCACCUACAUCCUGCCGGCUCAGAGGCCCGAACCGGCGACCUUCUGAUCUGGAAGAAGAGAGUGAAGAACUGAAUGAAAUACAAGAUAAAGAUGAUUUUAAGAAACACAAUUUCGUAACUGGAAAAAAAUUAUACAGUCGAUCACAGAUUGACACGACGCAGAAUUUGACACGAAAAAUACCUAAAAAUACUGGAAUAAGAUGUCAUUUCACCUGCCAACAAUGUGGAAAGAGUUUUGAUCGACAAGGAAGACUUCAAGUCCACAUGAGAAUUCACACUGGAGAAAAGCCUUACAGCUGCCAACAAUGUGGAAAGAGUUUUGAUCAACAAGGAAAACUUCAAGUCCACAUGAGAAUUCACACUGGAGAAAAGCCUUACAGCUGCCAACAAUGUGGAAAGAGUUUUGAUCGACCAGGAAAACUUCAAGACCACAUGAGAAUUCACACUGGAGAAAAGCCUUACAGCUGCCAACAAUGUGGAAAGAGUUUCCCUUCAAAGAACAGUCUUAAAAGGCACAUGAUAGUUCACACUGGAGAAAAGCCUUACAGCUGCCAACAAUGUGGAAAGAGUUUUGAUCAACAAGGAAAACUUCAAGCCCACAUGAGAAUUCACACUGGAGAAAAGCCUUACAGCUGCCAACAAUGUGGAAAGAGUUUUGAUCAACAAGGGAAACUUCAAGUCCACAUGAGUGUUCACACUGGAGAAAAGCCUUACAGCUGCCAACAAUGUGGAAAGAGUUUUGAUCAACAAGGAAAACUUCAAGUCCACAUGAGAAUUCACACCGGAGACAACCCUUACAGCUGCCAACAAUGUGGAAAGAGUUUUGAUCAACAAGGAAAACUUCAAGUCCACAUGAGAAUUCACACCGGAGAAAAGCCUUACAGCUGCCAACAAUGUGGAAAGAGUUUCCCUUCAAAGAAAUAUGUUAAAAGUCACAUGAUAGUUCACACCGGAGAAAAGCCUUACAGCUGCCAACAAUGUGGAAAGAGUUUUGCACAUAAAAACAAUCUUAAUGGCCACAUAAGAAUUCACACAGGAGAAAAACCUUUCCUCUGCCAACAGUGUGGAAAGAGUUUCAUUCUAAAAAGUUACCUUAAAAGGCACAUGAUAAUUCACACAGGAGAGAAACCUUUCCUCUGCCAUCAGUGUGGAAAGAGUUUCAUUGAACAUAGCAGCCUUAAAGUCCAUAUGAGGAUUCACACAGGAGAGAAGCGUUUCACCUGCCAACAGUGUGGAAAGAGUUUCAAUGAAAAAGGAAACCUUAGAAGGCAUAUGAGGAUUCACACUGGCGAGAAGCCUUUCACAUGCCCUCAGUGUGGAAAAGGUUUAACUCAUCAAGGAAGCUUUAACAGGCACAUUCGAAUUCACACUGGAGAGAAGCCUUUCACGUGCCCUCUAUGUGGAAAGAGUUUCACUCUUAAAAACACUCUUAAUGACCACAUAAAACUUCACACAGGAGAGAAACCUUUCAACUGUCAACAGUGUGGAAAGCGUUUCAUUCAAAAAAGAUACCUUAAUAUCCACAUGAGGAUUCACACAGAGGAUAGAAGCAUUACACACACACUCUGUGUGGGAACAGUUUUGCUCAACAAAGAAGCUUUAAAAGGCACAUGAGGAUUCAUACUGGAGAGAAGCUUUAAAUUCUUACACAUUGUGUGGAAGAACUCAACAAAACUAAACCUUAGCUAUCACAUGAACAGUAAAACCAGUGAGAAGCUGUUUACAUUUGAUUAUUGUGGAAAAAACUUCAGAAAUAAUGUAUCCCUUAAUGAGGCUUCACACUGGAGCGAGACCUUUCAUGUGACUUCAGUUUGAAAUGAGUAUCACAAAUCAGAAAGGCCAUGAUCAGUAAUAUCACAAAACUUGGUCUAUAUCUAUCACAAUACCUGGGUGAUGAAUUGAUUUUUAUUCUAUCCAAUAUAUGGAUUCUACAAGUAUGGAAAUAUAUUGUGAUUUUUGUUUGCUUUUUUAACACUGACCAUGGGGAAAAGUUGAAUCAUACAGAUGUAUGCGAUUUAUAAGAUGAGUCAUAUUAAAAGCUAUUAAUCACC